UAGGAAAUAAGAAAAGAGCGUCGGGGAGGUUUUAAAGCCACUGAAACAAAAUGCACAAGAAUGGGAUAUUUCAAAAUUCCUCCACCAAAUAAGGGCACGUAUUAAAGCCCAGUGUGAAGGCUGGCGGUACCAGAGAGCCGCUAGGAACCGACCCAGAGCAUCUUCACGGGGACUCUUGCUGUGAAACAGCAAAUAUUGUACAUCUGCAGCUUGUGUGCGUCUGCUCGCUUGCGCCAGACAGACUGAGUGAGCGAGAGGGAAAGAUAGCAGAUGGGGGGAGUUUACCGGCUGCAUAUUGUGUACAGUUUGUCAACAGGCUGACUAAACAGACGCAGACAUGGCCAGAGGAAGUGUGUUUGCUGUGACAUUCCUCUGGAAUGGUGGACGGGGACGCGCAACAACGCGACACGACCUGAGGGCAGGAACCGGCGCCUCGAUAUGUCAGCGUACGAAGGUGCAGCAAAGUACGGGGUUUAACACAAUAAUACUGAGUAUUAUCACUAGAGGUUCCUUAUAUUCAUGACCAUGUAUCAAUAUUUUAACAACUGGGGCUUGGUGUUUAAAUUAGCUUCUCAAACUACAACAGCUGCUUAAAUCUCGUGCAACCGUUCCAUUUAGAGUCAUUUAGAGGAGAGUCAAAAAUUUAAAUAAUUAAUAACUAUAACUAUAAAAAACAGUGGCCCUGCGAUAGGCUGGCGACCUGUUCAGCCCCCACGGGAUUCAGCCGUAGAAAAUGGACGGGAUAGAAAAAAAACCAGUUUUCAUCUCUUUCUUAAAUUUGUUCGAAUACAUUCUACUUUGCUGCAGGUUUGUUUCACGAUAUACGGAUUUUGUAUUUGAAGAAGGAAAUGAUUCACCAGACUAAAUUUACGUGUUGAUAAUAGGCUUGCUUGCGUCAGUCCACGUUUCGCUGGCUGCUUUUUUUAACUUUUCGCGAAACACCUGGGAAGAAAAUGAUGAUGAAUACACAUUUUACACGCGCGGUUCGACGGGGUAAUUGCAGCCUGUAUGAGUAAGUUAUGGAGCAAAUAAAACAGCGGUCGGUGUCAGAAGGCCACUAUUGACCCAGGAAUGCGCUUCGUCAUCGCAACUCUCCGCUGGAGGUAAAGAAGAAGAAGUCAGAGGAGGAAAGUGGAGGAGGGGAGCUCUGAGCUGGGACUUUCCUCACUGCCCUCCAGAACGAAGUUGUCUCGAGGGGCGCCGCGCCGGAGAUGCUCCCGGUGCCACCACGGUGGCGGCAUGCGGACACGGCUGCGGGGCCGCGGGGCUCUCUCCCUCCUCCGCCGCGGAGUCCUCCUGCUUUUAAUCCCGCCGCUUCUCCUCGCGCUCCAGCUGCUCGUCGUCGGCCCGCGACUGCCUCGAGCCGCGGGGGUGGGGGUGGAGCGCGAGGGCGCCGUCGCCUUCUCCGUCAUCAGCAUCGAACCGGCGCGCAGCUCGCGCCGCCCGGGCUCCACCGAGUCGCGCGGAGCGGCUCCGGACGGAGGCGAGGAGGCGGAGGCGCGAGCCUAUGAGGAUGAGAACGAGGUGCACGCGCGCCAAAUUGGACCCAGACCACUUGAGAUGCAACCCUGGGCGUCGCGAGGGCCGUCCUUCGCUGCCGAGCUCCACCGCCUCACCACAUAUAUCAACAGACCGCAGCUGAACUGCUCCAGGGUUUUAUCUCCGGGUCGGGCUCAUGCAUCACAGCCUCCUGCAGCUCCAUCCCACUGGCUGCUCUGCGCCGAGGACUGGCUCCUUCCAGCUGCUGAUAGGCCGUGCGUUGCAUACUCCUUCAGCAUGGAUGGAGGAGACGCCGGCUUCCUGAAGACUGUGUCAGGUCUGGGAUGCGAAGUGCAUAGUUUUGAUCCCAGCAAGUCCAAUGCAUCUGGCGGUCGCCACGGCAACAGUUUGGCUAGUAACCAUGGUGACAGAGGUGUGGUCAGCCAGCACAAGAUGUGGUUGGACUGGCGAGCUCUAAAGAAGCGCAGGAACAAGGCGGGAGGCAAUGUGGGUAGUGUUUCUCAAACGCUGGCGGACAUCAUGGCAGCGCUGGGACAUCACACAGUUCACUUCUUAUAUGCUAACUUGCUCAGUGCUGAGUGGAGAGUUUUCCAGAACUGGAUUGAGUCGGGAACUCUACAGAGCGUCCAUCAUCUGGUUGCCACUGUGCACAUGCGAUGGGCAGGUUUUGAGGUGGGCGGAAGUGAUGAGGAAGUGCUCCGCUAUUGGUUCAGCGUCUUACAGGGUCUUCAGGCCUCUGGACUCAAGCUGGUCCACACCUCUGCAGGGGAAGGUCACAGUGUCCUCAAACAGACAGUAGGAAGUCCUCACAGCUCCUACACACUGAGCUGGGUCAACACAAGACGCUGACACGAACACAUUUAUGGACACAGAUGUGCCGACGCAGAGGUCCAUACAUUGUGGUUGCCCUCAAACAAAAGAAGCGCAGACUUGAAAUAGAUGGCAAAGUUUCUGUCAGUGCAUUUGACUUUCAGGUACAAGCUGUUCUUAACGUGAUGUCUCCCUCUAGUGGACAAACAGAACCGCCUUUUUAUGACUCCACCUUCACAGGGAAAUAACAUGUCUGACUAAUCUGACCAAAUAUGGAUGCUGAACAGUACAAUAUUUAGUUAAUAGACACCUAUAUCUUCUUUCUCCAGUUGUGAAACACGUGAUUUGUUUGCAUUUUUUUGUAGGCCCUAAGAUGAAUGUACGUGCAAUAAUUGUCUACAUUGAAGAGCAGCUUAAGUUAUAUUGAGACCGAUGCCUACUGUGAAAUAUACAGAAAUUCUUCUAUUACACUGAUGCAUGGUGUUCUGUAUUAGGUGCUGUAUGGCAAAGAAAAAACAAUGAAACAGUGUUAUGAACAUCCACAAUAAAGUACAAAGUACCAAAAUGUCUAAUAACCUUUGUAUUGGAUAACUGAUUAUAAAUCCAUAAGAAUGUGAGUUAUAUUUAGUUAACAUGUAUACACACAGUUGUGAAAUGUGACAUGUAAAAUGGUCUCUGUAUUCUUAAUGCUUUAUAAAGACUUUUAUGAUAUAAGAAAUAAGUUAGAUGCAUGAUGAAUAAACUUAAAACUGUGGAUAAGUGUUUUGAAAUACAAAACAAGAAAUAUUACAGUUGCAAAACACAGGCAUGAUCCUCUAUUUGCACAUUAUAUAUUCAUAUAAGAGUAGAAAUUCAAUUGCAGUGUUUUCUGUUUACGUAAUAUAUAGAAGAGCAAAGUG